AUGGAGGACCGGACCACAGUGCCGGAUAAGCCGGUCCGGAGUGGCUGCGGGGCUGAGCGGGCUUAUGCUCCGUUGCUUUGGUUCGGACUGUGCGCCGUCUCUUGGGUGCUGUGUAGUGUUUUUUACCUCCGUCUGCACCACGUGGAAGGGAGGCUGUCCUCCCUGGAGGCGCGACUCGAUGAACAUCUCAACUCACCUCACGUCCAAGCUGUGGUCAGAGAGGGAGCUAUUGGUAUUGAUGGUCCAAAAGGGGAACCGGGAGAAAGUGGGUUUGACCUGUUCACCACAACGAAAGGUCUUGCAAGUGUUGGUGUUACUGUAUCACCUGGAGAUUUAUUACUAUUAAAAGGUGAACCCGGUAGUCCAGGUCCAGCCGGACCACCAGGACCUCCCGGACCCACUGGAUUGCCAGGAUUUGACGGCAGAGUCGGACUUCCAGGAGAACCGGGCCCACCAGGAGAGCCAGGAACUUCUGGAUCCCCAGGACCUGUCGGUGAUAAAGGUGAGAAAGGUGAACGAGGUCUCACCACGACGUUAGAUGGUAAUGCAUUUCCUACAGGAUUUAUAGAAGGCCCACCAGGACCUCCAGGUCCUCCUGGUCCAGCAGGUCCACCGGGAAGAAAGGGUGACACCGGAAGUGAAGGGCCCCCAGGCGAGCACGGGGAGAAGGGGGACAUGGGGGAGAGGGGCCGCAGAGGAAAAAGGGGUAAACCAGGCAAACACGCCCCUCCGGGAUUGCCGGGUGAACCCGGACCUAAAGGAGAUCGGGGUGCAACAGGAGAAAAAGGUGAAAAAGGUCAAAAAGGAGUCAUUGGUCUUCCCGGUUUCCAGUCACCUGUCAAAUACAUAAAGCAGGUUGUUGGACCUCCAGGGCCAUCUGGACCCCCGGGUCCUGUUGGAAAGCAAGGGGAUCAUGGACCCCCUGGAUCAGACGGGAAAAAUGGCGCUACGGGUCCCCCCGGUUUAGACGGAAUGAAAGGAGAACGUGGCGAAUCGGGCUUGAAAGGCGAAAAGGGAGAACCUGGACUUCCGGGUACUGAUGGCAUUCCUGGCUUACCGGGACCACGAGGAGAUAAAGGAGACAAUGGACCACCUGGACCACGUGGAAAACUUGGAAAAAGGGGUGAAAAAGGAGACAAAGGCGACCAGGGCGUUCCGGGACUAGACGCCCCCUGUCCACUCGGGCCGGACGGACUACCUCUACCUGGAUGUGGCUGGAGACCACCAAGCGGGGUUGUUAUAACACCACCUACCACACCUGUUCCAGCGGCGUAG